AGGGAGAGGAUCAGGAAAAAUAACUAAUGGGUGCUGGGCUUAAUACUUCAGUGAUUAAAUGAUCUGUACAGCAAAAUCCAAUGACACAAAUGUACCUAUGUGACAAACCUGCACUUGCAUCCCUGAACUUAAAAUAGAAGUUAAAACAAAGAUCUCCAAGUCUUGGGAUCAAGAAAUGAAAGGAAGUUUUCUUUAUGAAAGUGCUUUGAUGGCCCAUCUGGGACAGAAAUUUUUGAAUGUGAGUACUAAUAAUUUGUGCUUGGUUGUGCACACCUUUUAUCUUAGCGGGUACAUAACUUCCAUCAGAAUCCAGUUUCCAUGACUCGUGAAAGGUAAUUGCACUUCACAAGUAGUUUUUUUUUUUUUUUAACUCAGUCACUUCCUUUAUAUUUGUUGGUACUCCAAAUUAAGUCCCCGUUUUCCUAAACUUGACUACUAAAACCCCAAAUAUCUCCCAACCCAAACUACCUAAUGUGCUUCCCAAAGUCAUUUAUUAAAUUGGUUGUGCUCUCUUCCAGUCAGUGCUUCAUGAUGUUGAAGUUAUUAUGUGAAUCAUGAGUGGGAAAUGUAUAGAGAAGUGACACUUGGAAAUGUGAAAGGCAUUUGUGUAGAAAGGCAUUGUAUUAGAUGCAGAGGCAAAAAACCUAACUCUACCACUUAAAGAAUUAAGAAAUACAACUAAUCUUUGGUUUCAACAGCAAUUGGUUGGCUUUAAGUCACCGUAUACUUAUGAGGCUAAAAUUAAAAUAGCUUUGUAAAUCUUAAUAUCAUAAGAGAUUAUUUGUAAUGCUAGGAUCCAAACCAAGAGUUCAUUUGUAUAUUUUGCCCUGUGCCUCUCAACAGGUUUCUACCAUGAGUGACAGGGGAGCAAGUAAUCACUCAGAAAUGACUGACUUCAUUCUUGCAGGCUUCAGGGUCUGCCCAGAGCUCCACAUUCUCCUCUUCCUGCUAUUUCUGUUUGUUUAUGCCAUGAUCCUUCUAGGGAAUGUUGGGAUGAUGGCCAUUAUUAUGACUGAUCCUCGGCUGAACACACCAAUGUAUUUCUUCCUAGGCAAUCUCUCCUUCAUUGAUCUUUUCUAUUCAUCUGUUAUUGCACCCAAGGCUAUAAUCAACUUCUGGUCUGAAAGCAAGUCUAUCUCCUUUGCAGGCUGUGUGGCCCAGCUCUUUCUCUUUGCCCUCUUCAUUGUGACUGAGGGAUUUCUCCUGGCGGCCAUGGCUUAUGACCGCUUUAUUGCCAUCUGCAACCCUCUGCUCUACUCUGUUCAAAUGUCAACACGUCUCUGUACUCAGUUGGUGGCUGGUUCCUAUUUCUGUGGCUGCAUUAGCUCAGUCAUUCAGACCAGCGUGACAUUUACUUUAUCUUUUUGUGCUUCUCGGGCUGUUGACCACUUUUACUGUGAUUCUCGCCCGCUUCAGAGACUAUCUUGUUCUGAUCUCUUUAUCCAUAGAAUGAUAUCUUUUUCCCUGUCAUGUAUUAUUAUCUUGCCUACUAUCAUAGUCAUUAUUGUAUCUUAUAUGUAUAUUGUGUCCACAGUUCUAAAGAUACACUCUACUGAGGGACGUAAGAAGGCCUUCUCCACCUGCAGCUCUCACCUGGGAGUUGUGAGUGUGCUGUAUGGUGCUGUCUUUUUUAUGUAUCUCACUCCUGACAGAUUUCCUGAGCUGAGUAAAGUGGCAUCCUUAUGUUACUCCCUAGUCACUCCCAUGUUGAAUCCUUUGAUUUAUUCUCUGAGGAACAAAGAUGUCCAAGAGGCUCUAAAAAAACUUCUAGAGAAGAAAAAUAUUAGUCUUUGAUUAUUUCUCUUGCACUGAUUGUAUUGUGUCUAUUUAUUUAAUAUACCUGUGGUCAUUAAUAAAAGUUACUCUCCUGAAUGUCAUAAAAAUACUUAUAGUAGAUUUUUUCAUGUGAUAUACUCUUUCCAUAUUUUACUUUUUACCCCCCAAGACAUCAUUAAUUCUGAAAAUCUUGGAUAUUGGAGCUAUCCUGGACAUGAGGGAAGUAUUUUUAUGAUAAACCCUCUUACUGGUCUUCAACAUUUUAUUUCACAGAAUUUAUAUCUAUUGAUUCUUGUGGCAUAAUGUAGAACAAUAUUUUUUAUUUUGUUAUAGUGCUUCAGCGAAAUUUUGUCUGGUGUUUGUCUUUGGGAUUGCCCAUCCCUCCU